AUGGGUCAAGCUACCUCAAAAAACAAAAGGGAAAGUAAGCAAACUGUUUUGCCUGAUAAUCCUGAAAAAGAUUGUUCCAACAACUCUAAUGGGAAUACUGUCAAUUCGUUGAGUGAAUAUCUGAAGGUGGAUACCAAUAUCUUCGAUAGCAACAACGUCACAACAAUUAAUACCACCGAGGAUAGUAAUGGUAAUACACCCACUUCACCGUCAUCACCUUUUCUGACAACAAUGGAGCCUAUCCUUUUGCGAUUAAAUGGAAACGGGGAAACCGCAAAGAGUGAUUCCAACGAUAUUACGCCUGGUUCACCUCUCAACCAUGGUUAUAAUAAUAACAGUAUCAACCCUCAUGUUACUGCUGUGAGAUCUAAUCAUAAUGAGCGUAUUAAGCCACUGGAUAUUGAUGAGAUGAUACAAAGACUCAAAAACGCGGGAUAUUCAGGAAAGGUCUCAAAAUCCGUUUGCCUAAAAAAUGGAGAAAUAACAGCAAUUUGUCAGGCGGCACGUGAAAUUGUGUUGUCACAGCCAACUCUUAUUGAACUUUCACCUCCUGUGAAGAUUGUUGGUGAUGUUCACGGUCAAUACACUGAUCUUAUUCGGUUAUUUGAGAUGUGUGGAUUUCCACCACAGGCGAAUUAUUUGUUUCUCGGUGAUUACGUUGAUCGUGGUAAACAGAGUUUGGAGACUAUCUUAUUAUUACUCUGUUACAAGAUUAAGUAUCCGGAAAACUUUUUCUUGCUACGAGGAAAUCAUGAAUGCGCCAAUGUUACGCGAGUUUACGGAUUUUACGAUGAAUGUAAACGCCGUUCCAGCGUCAAAAUUUGGAAAACCUUUAUUGAUGUAUUUAAUUGCCUUCCGAUAGCUGCAAUUGUAGCAUCUAAAAUCUUUUGCGUUCAUGGAGGUCUCUCGCCAUCACUCACCACAAUGGAUGAAAUUAGACACAUACAGAGGCCACAAGAUGUACCAGAUUUUGGUCUACUGAACGAUCUUCUUUGGUCAGACCCAUCUGAUACCGCAGUCGAUUGGGAAGACAACGAACGGGGUGUCAGCUAUUGUUUUGGAAAAGCAAUAAUUCAUGAAUUUCUUGCACGUCAUGAUUUCGAUCUAGUUUGUCGUGCACACAUGGUAGUUGAAGAUGGAUACGAAUUUUUCAAUGACAGAACUUUGGUCACCGUGUUUUCUGCGCCUAAUUAUUGCGGUGAAUUUGAUAAUUAUGGUGCCGUGAUGAACGUGAACGAGGAAUUAUUAUGCAGCUUUGAGUUACUUAAACCACAAGAUGCACCUUUGCAAAAAUUGCAACAAACUUUCAAAGGAAAACGACGUCCAAG